AUGAAGUGUGCAUUACGAAAUAAGAUAAUAUAUAUUCGCAAUGAAGGUUACUAUUCAUCGGAAAGAGUACAAGCAGUAUUUGAAGAUUUGACACUUUCACAAUGUGCUGAUAAAUGUACAUUCAAAGUACAGGGAGUAGAUUGCACUUCAUUUGAGUAUGAUGCAAUGCAAUUGAGGUGUUUACUGAAGGAGGGAAGUGGAAGUAUAAUGAAUGAUAGUAUGUUACCGUUGAAAACCGUCCGUAAUGUCGCAUUAUUUCAACAACUUUGUCUUCCUGAAGAACAAAUAUGCCCAUCGCCAUAUACCUUCGAACGUCUUCCAGGACAUAUUCUGAUGGGAGUCGCCAAAGAGGUAAUACAAGUUAGAUCUGUGGAAGAAUGUUUAAGCAUGUGCUUGACUGCUAAAAAGGAAAUAGAAAUUGACUGCAGGUCAACAAUGUAUUACUACGAUACCGGCGAAUGCAUCCUCAAUGAUGAGAAUCGAGCAACAAGUGCAGAUAUGAUAACCAAUGAUACAAUGAACAUGCGGGUGGAUUAUUUCGAAAAUAGCUGCUUUGACGUGCAAUGUUCAACUGAUUUUACUACACACUGGAUCAAGGUAGGAAGAUUUACGAUCAGCGAUCAAUCGGAUACUGUGAUAAAACAAGUGACUAAGGAACAAUGCUUCAAUUAUUGCCUUGAAAAUAAAAUUGACGAUCAACCUUUUCCAUGUAAACUAUACGCAUAUAGUGAGGAUAGAAUGACAUGCCAUUUGACCUCAGAAUCCGGUCUAACACAUUCAAUAACAUCUGAUGAUAAUCAAAAGAUAUCUGAUGAUUCGGAAAAAUAUGAUUAUUAUGAAAAAAUUUGCCUAAAAGGAUUGAUGCAAUGUCAAGACAUCACUUUUGAACAUGUUUCAAAUCAUGCUUUGUUAAAUGUCGGAAACAAGGUGAUAACAACAAGUAUGACAAGAUGUUUAGAAAUUUGUCUACGUUCUGGUGAACAAUGCAGUUCAGUGAUGUUUUUUCAUGACAAGGAUGAGUGUGUUUUAAGCAAGAUGAGUCAGUAUUCAAGAGAUGAACAACUUCGGCACCUUCCGGAAGUGGAUUAUUUCGAUAAUGUAUGUGAUUACAGAAUUGCUAUAAACAUGCCCCAGGAAAAUAAAGUGACCAAAAUGCAGAUGCCGAUAUCAACAAUGCACAGAGAAUUAAAUGGUACCAAAAGACUAGAAACAGAAUGUGGCGCAGCUGGCAUUUUGAUAUCUGUGCUUUUUUCCAAACCUACAGUUGGCGCAAUGUUUAUCAAAGAUCAUUUUGCAACAUGCAGGUCUGAAUUUAGUAAUGUAAUGAAUGCAACAAUGGAAAUUGCGUUGUUCACUCUCCGUCAAGAUAAUCCACCGUGUCCUGGUUAUGAAACUAAUCCCUCAACUUGGUCUUUCAUUGUGGUAGUCCAAAAGAACGGUUUGGGAAUACCAGGGCUGAUGACCGACAACGAUUUGAUAUUCAACAUUACUUGUGAUUACUCAAACGGUCAAAUUACGAAUGAUUCGGCUCAGGAUAGGGUACUUUUACACAAAGCAUCACAAGGCUGGUUAUCCAGUCCCGCUUCUAAUGAUCACGUGCGAUUAACGGUAUUCCGUGGUGACCAACCGGUAAGUACCGCUGUUAUGGGUGAAGAGUUGGAGAUGAGGUGGACAGUGAUACAAGACCGUAUUGAUAAUGUUGGUUUGUUCGUAAAUCGAUGUAUCGCAGAACGUUUGGAUGGAACGCCGCCUUUACCACCUCCACUUACGCUUAUUGCUAACGGGCAAGCAUUGCUUAUUCCAUAUCAUAUUACAUUUCAGUGUAUUGAAAGUAAAGUGAGUCAUCUAUUAAUGCAACAUCCAAUUAUACAGUUUGAUAAUGGUUUAAAGACUAAAAUUAAAGUUUUUCGAUUUGACGGAUCACGUCGUGUUCGAAUCCUUUGCUCUGUGGAUAUUUGUAUUGAAGAAUGCUUACCGGUCACUUGUAAUGAAGAAGUCAAUGGCAGUUUGACAAAAUCUGGUAAAAAAAAGCGGGAAACUUUUACUUUACCGGCUCAUCAGACCUCACAUCAGCGAGUUAAACGAGAGCUCAUUACUGGGACCUUUACGAUUGUUGAAGAAAAUGUCGAUCCACUGCUUAAUGAAAAUGUAACGAAAAUCGACGAGCAGUCGCUAAAUCAGAAUAUGAUACCAUUGCAAUUUUCAAAAGACAACCACUUUUGCAUGCAAAGUCUUGCAUUUUUCAUUACUGCAAUCACACUGGCACUUUUAACGAUGCAAAUCUUUCUGCUCUGCAAGUAUACACAGCUUAAAACUCAGACAUCUGUUACUUCUGAUAGUGAACGAAACUGCAAUAUCAUCUCAUUCCCUCAACGUGUUUACUUUGGUCACAAGGAGUGUUGCCCUGCGGAACGGCGUAUAACACUACCCAAAAUAAUCAGGCCGAAAUAUUUAGAAUGA